CCCCUCCCAAUUACUUGAUUCAUGAAGAAAUGGAUGAGUGUGGAACUCUUUGAUCUGGAGUUUUACUCAGAUAAGGUGGGAAGGGAUGAGACCCCUGGCUUGCCUUCCCCAGCAGAAUAGAAUUAUGAAGUCACAGUAGCUUCUGACACUUAAGCACUUCCUAUGUGGCACGUACUACGAAUUACAGCUCAUGCAAUCCUUCAUUUAAGCCUCAGGUUAAAAAUCUGCACAAGUUCACAAAGCUUAGGAAUAGAGGGGACUAGUUUUGACUCCAGGCGGUCUGACUUUGGAGCCUAGACCCUUAACCAGCUCUCUCUCUGGCUCAGUCUAACUGGUCUGCCUUUCUCUCUGACGGUAUUGCUGUUUUUCAGGAGCAGAGGUUCCUUUGCUGAGUCUAUAGCCACAGACCCAAAGUCAGAGCCUCUUUCUUUUGUUUCUGCUUUGGGAACCUCCUUUCUAUACCAAUUUUUAAAAUUAGUGACCAUUUAUUGAGCACCUACUAUAUUUUAACACCUUUGAUACCGCUCGAUCUCCAGACCUCAUGACAAUAGAAUAUGAAUACCUGUCUACAAAUGGGUUUUAGUCUUUUGGGGCUCACAGCCCUUUUUGAGAAUCUAACAGUUUUGGAUCUUCUUUCCAGAAAAAUUCACUUAUGCACAUACAUAUACGAUUGCACACAACUUCAGAGGUGGCUUUUGGGACCUACUGAAGCCUGUCCUCUAGCAGUCCAUGGAUUCCGAGGGAAGAAUGCAGACGAUCAAAUGUGUGGUCGUAGGAGAUGGGGCUGUAGGUAAGACCUGCCUCCUCAUCAGUUACACAACAAAUGCCUUUCCUGAAGAGUAUAUCCCCACUGUAUUUGACAACUAUAGCGCCCAGACAUCUGUGGAUGGUCAGCUCGUCAGCCUGAACCUGUGGGACACAGCUGGCCAAGAGGAGUAUGACCGACUGCGAACGCUGUCCUACCCCUUGACCAAUAUCUUUGUCAUUUGUUUUUCCAUUGGGAACCCAUCCUCUUAUGCCAAUGUGAAGCAUAAGUGGCACCCAGAAGUCUCCCAUCAUUGCCCCAAUGUACCUGUUCUACUGGUAGGCACCAAGAGGGACUUGCGGAGUGACCGUGAGACAGUGAAGAAGCUGAAGGAACAGAGACUAGUGCCUACAACUCCUCAGCAAGGCGCUUCCUUGGCUAAGCGAAUGGGGGCUGUGAAGUAUCUAGAAUGUUCUGCUCGGACGAAGGAUGGGGUACAUGAGGUAUUUUUGGAAGCUGUCCGGGCUGUCCUUUACCCUGCCACAAAGAAGACCACCAAGAAGUGUGUCCUCUUAUAGCUUUUGGGGUGCUACUUGGGACUGCACCUGAGGAGAAUAAGGGGGGAUUCAUUUGGCAGCAAAUAGCAAUGCCAGCAUGAGCCAUUUGUCUCUUUUGGAAACCCUAGGCUCCAGGGUACUUGGCUUUUGGAGGAACAAAGACAGGCUAGUGUGUACAUAUGGCUGCUUUGAAGUUUAGUUUAAACCUUUUGGAGGAAGUUCGAGUGUGUGUGUGUGUGUGUGUGUGUGUGUGUGAGAGAGAGAGAGAGAGAGUGUGUGUGUGAGUGUGUGUGUGGUCAGAGUGCUUAGCGGAGACACCACAAGCACUGUUCUUUCCUGUCCUAGCCAGGCAACAACUAAACAGAGCAGCCUCAUACUGUUCUUUGUAGGCGUUUGUCUCCUUUGAAAUGGAAUCUCAGCUGCCCUGGCUGAAGUUACCACCAAGCAAGCGCCUCACAGAAGGGCAGGGCUCUCCACUUUUCAAAUCACUGCCUUCAACUUUCUGAUAUACUGAUUUGUGAAAACCAGUUUGUGUGUGAUUCCUGGGUGUUACCAAUGUUCAUACGUUCUUGUCUCAUUCUUGAGAUGAGACACUUUUGCUAAACUGGCUAAGCAGCAUUUUCCAAAGUUCUGGGAGAUGGUAACAGAUGUUCCUUAAAAGGGCUCCGUGGUCAAAUAAGUCAGGAAGCAGCCAUUUAAACAAACCAAACAGGCUCCUCUACUGCAGGAAUUUAUAAGUUUUAAUAAGUAUGCAACAGUCCCCAAACUUAUUUCACUGAAUGUUUGGGGUCCUAUGCAACACCUAUUAACGCCUCUGGGAACACUGUCAGAGAUGCUGGUGAACAGGGCCUAGAAUUCCCAUGGAGGCGGCUAUGGAGAGAAGCGCAGUGUGGCCUUAUUCUUUCUGAGGCUUCCCCCUUCGUGCCUUUGAAAGGAAUGUUUGUCAGCCAUGGACUUGUUCCUGUUGCUCUUCCAUCCUCAGGAGAUGGGUCUGGCACUUGGUCACCAUAUUGCACUGGAUGUGCGACGUGGUGGUCAGAUCCGCUCUCGGAUUCUGAUAGCACCGUGGGCCUGGUGAAGUGGAAUUAACAAUCCCUUUGAAAAGCUGUCUCUCUGAGGCUUCUGUGUGGCCCUUUUCCCCAUCACCUCCCAUUUUAGGGAACUACCACUGAAGGUUAACCCCUAAAUAAAACCAAGCAAAAUGUCCUGCCAGUCACUGUCAGGGAGUUCUGGAUUCCCUCUGAGAUGUCUUUUCUGCUGUCAUUCCUGAGUCACUAAAAAGGCUACCUUGCUUUCUUCCUGUUCCUCCAGCAUGCGUGUGUGUGUGUUUGUUCAGCCCCUUGUGCCUUUUGAGGUCUUUUAGCUGCUCCAAGAGAGCUGGACUCUGUUGGAUCUCCAGACCCCAGGGUUAUCACCAUGGUGGUGAUUUUGCUGGAGUUGCUCAGCUGCCUGGGCCAAUCGGAGUCAGGUUCCAUAUCCUAGUGGGCCUGCUUCUCCUCCCUCGUAUUUCUGACCUUUAUUUGAUAUGGAAGAAAAGCUUACUUGCCCACCUGGCAGACAGCCAGUGACAACUCCACCAUGCACGUACCCUCAUCCUGCCAAAAUAGCAUUGGAUUUUGAGAAUUUGGGGAAUGGAGCUAACGGAUCACAUACUUCCCCCAUGGUGUGUGAAGCGUGUGUGCUGUGCUCUGACAGUCUUGCUGUGAUUCUCUGACAAGAUGUGAUCAGAGUGGCCUCCCUCAGACUAAAUGAACCUCCCAGAUAGGGUUGUCACAUAAACACAGAAAUAUUAGACAUGACAAAGGAGACUAGACUUUGGGUGGUGAGCACACACAAUGGAGCAUACAGAUGCCGUAUUAUAAAGCUGUACACCUGAAACUUUCUUAUUAACCAAUGUUACCCCAAUAAAUCUAAUUAUAAUUAAAAAAAGGAAAAUUAUUUUUUACAAAAUUUUAGUACAGUACGUAAUAUGCAAUUUUGGGGACAUACUUACACUUAAAAACUUUUUGCUAUUUAUCUGAAAUUCGAAUUUAACGGGGCAGCCUGUAUUUUUUAUUUGCUAAGUCUGGCAGCCCUACUCUUGGAGAAUCUGGAACCUGGAGGUCAAGCAGAAAUCAAGUAGUGACAGAAGACAAAAGGUUAUGUCAAGUCUCCACUCUUCCUGCUUUGCUUCUUGUUCCCUUUUCCGUCACCAGGGACUCAAGUGUCUUGUUUUGCCUUCAUCACCGCACCCCCCACUUCAUGCAGUCCUUUGUUGGUGUCUAUUUCUCCACCAGUUGCCAGUCUAAAGCCGUGGAGGAGCCAGGAUGGACAGCACUGCCUUGCAUGUGCCUUUUGUUUCACUUUCACUGUACUGUAUCUAUUUUCCUGUGUGACCCCGGGCCUCCUGUGGUGGGUGGCAGGGAUUCUGCAGGAGCAGUGUAUACUGGGAGAGAGGGAGUGAGGGUGGCCCUCCUCCGCUAAGGCCCAGGAGCACUCUGGAAAGUGGGGCUGCUGCUGUAGUGUGGUAACUAUAGGAGUCGGCUGUCCUUGUGUACAGUCCCUGAGUUUUCCCACAGGCAGCCAGUGUAUUCCAGUCUCAGGAUAUUCCUGUUGAUGCUGCAGGGGUGCUCUCACAGGACUUCAUGGUUGAAAGGGGCUACCAACAUGGCUGUCACCUGUGUCUCUGGGAACUCUGUUUAGCUACUAAAAACCUUCCAAGUUAGCUUCUAAUAGUGCCUCUUGCUCCCCUUUGCCUGCCCAAUCCCCAAAUGUAAGUAAGCCUAGGUUUGGUUUGGGCAAACUCGUGUCCCUCUAGUAAACGGAGGUGUGAUCCACAAGUCUGAGAAGUUUUGUACUGGACUGAUUUGAUGGUCCUAAGCAUACACUGACAUGUUGAUUUUUAUACUUGAAAGGAACUUGUAUGAAGACUAACCUCCUAGUAUCCCUUGUAAAUUAUUCAUGAUAAAUGGUAAUAAAGUUUUCUGACUUUA